CAAUGUAGCAUGAUUAUUAGACCAACAAGAAAUUGGCUCGUAACCCUGUGGCCUGCAUGAUCUAUAGUAAGCCUUUUCAUAUGGAGGUGAUAGUUGAGAGAAGGUGGUUUUCUAAUAAAACCACCUGAAGGGCGUGUAUAGGCGACAUGCCGUUAGGCAGACGGUUCAAGCGAUCUUUUCCCGAAAACUAGAAGCUGUUCAAAAUCCUACCCAGCUAUAUUUGCACGUCGCUACGGAAAUUAUUUAUACGCUGCCUUUUCAUUAGCACAGCGAGCAUUCGAAAGUACAGCUAACGGAAACUAAAGAAAAAUAAUGAAGACCAAUAGCCUCACCUUUUAGUGUAGCGGUACAACUUGAUAACACACCCUUUCUUUCAGAGCAGCCUCGCCAUCAACCCCUCCAGCCCCAUAUACACUCACAGGUGCCUAGUCUAAGAAGCACCCCAACCCGUUGAAGUUGAUAAUGGCAUCUGGUCCGGCCGGAUCACAACACCGACGUGGAAAUUUGUGCCCGGAAAAGGAUGGGCCCGAGAUAUUGUUCUCGAGCAUACUGAAUAUCUUUGCGGAGAUAGACGUGUUCAGUAAUUCCACUUCCCCCAGUAUUUUCAUCGUCUACGCACACGACAACGAAAAUGAAGGAGCCGCCCAUGCCUGGUGCGUCAGGAAGGUGGUAGUGUGUGACUCUGGGUUGCUUAAACGAUACUAUGAGCGUAGUUUUACCUCGUCAUAUAUCAGCGCCCUUGAGAAAGCAUAUGUUGAUGGGCGAGACUUCACGUAUCAGCUGAACAAGUUAAGAGAUGUGGUGGAAAGCCAUUACCCCAACAAUGGAUUUCAUCAUGUGCUCACUGAACUUGCCUUUCCUAAACUGAGGGUUUCUCGCGGCCACGACAAUAACUACGGCAUUAUUCCUGUCGCACUUGACCAAGACAUCAAUAUGUCAUACAUACCGUCCCGCAAACAUUGCGACCUAGUCCUCAAGCUAAAUCCGUCUAAGCCGGUUGGUCCACAUCUAUUGUUUUUCAAGCUGCUUCAGCAAAUCUACCCAGAGGCGUUUCCAUUCAUUGCUAAAUUUGAAGGCUGCUAUAAAACAGCCAUUGAAAAGUUGGAGAAGAAAGCGCAAGGAAUCACGCAAGAAAGAAUAUGGGCGAUUAUCAUCAAUGAGAUUCACAAGACAGUAGAAGACCUAGUGCGACUAGAUGCUGCUGCUCUACGACAUGUGAUGGGGAUCAGUCGAAAUGAGUUGGGUAACUUUGAGAAAAUCUCAUCUAACCUACGUGAGACGAUGAAGAAACGGUCCCGCCUCCUUCAUGAGCUCCCCACCGUACCGUACGAGGAUCGCAAGAACCGAAACCCAUAGCGAAUUGAGGGUACCUUUCUUCAAGGACGACGAUUUUGGAGACUAGAAGAGUCUUAUAGGUGCCAUCCGCUGUCUAUUACAUCAACUCUUCGUCCAGAAGUCAACUCUUCUCACCGAUGAAGUCGUCGAACAGUUCGCCGGAAACAAUCAGACUCUUACGUCCUUUAGCAGUCUGUGGCGUAUUCUAAUUGCUGCUGCCAGCCAU